AUGGCUUCUCCAUCCCAAGACUUUCCUCCACUUCCCAACUCCUCGGUUCUUGGCCUCCCCCCAUCUGGUCUCUCUUAUGCUGAUAAUGUCUCAUCCCCUGCCUCCAAACCUAAUACUUUUCCAGUCUCCUUCUUUUCCCCCGGCCAGAAAAAACUUUCUUUUAAUGUGAAUGACCUUUGCGAAGGAAAGUCUAUCUGGAACAACGCUCUCAUCGGAUACUCCCUUGGCCCUCGUCCGUAUUAUGAGCGGCUACUCAAAGCCAUGCAGAAGCUCUGGCCUCUCAAAGGACCCAUGUCCCUGCUUUCGAUGGCAGAUGGUUUUUUUCUGCUGAAGUUUUCUACCUCCGAAGAUCUAGAGUCCAUUUUGUCGGGUGGCCCUUGGUUCCUUCUAGGGAAACCUUUUAUUCUGCAACGCUGGUCUCCAAAAUUCAAACCAAAGCGCGAUGAAGCUGCGCCUAUUCCGCUUUGGAUCAAAAUUGUUGAUUUCCCGCAUGCCCUCUGGACUACGACGGGCAUCUCUCGCAUCGCCAGUUACAUAGGCAUCCCGGUCUCGGUUGACGCCCUCACCGCAAAUCGUACCAGGUUGACAUUUGCCCGGGUAUGUGUUUUAAUUUCAAAAGAUUCUGUUUUGCUUGAUGAAAUCCCAAUUGAGAUUGAUGGGGAAGACUUGGCCCCAAAAAACCGUGGACGUGGCUCCUCCAGGCAUAGAACAUCCCAACCUCGCCGAUCCCCUUCUACUAAGCCUCCUACUAAGCCUCCUACUAAUUCCCCUGCCACGAAUGGUCCCCCAUCCAAUUCAACGGCUCUUCCGCCCAUCCCGCCCCCAAAACCUGACGCCGUCCCUCGUCCUAACACAGACUUUGUUCCCCCUCCUGAUAAGCCUUCUUCUCUUCCUAAUUUGAAUUUCCCCACUGAAGUCUCUUCCUCCUCAGAUAUUCCUACUCCUCUCUGUCUUCUCAAUACCCCAAAAUUACCUCUUGUUAACAAGUUCGCCUCACUCCAGUCUGGUGAUGGUGACCUUGCUAAUGUUGUUGAUUGCCUAUCCGAAAAUGACUCCUCGACUAUUCCAACCCAUGAAAAGGAUUCUCCGGACUCCUUUGACACUAGCUCUACCUCCACGGAUAAGAAGUCUAUACCCGACAAAGGAAAAUCUCAAGCCAAGGCAAAGCCUCCCAAUGGGAAAUCGGCCAAGAAGGCCAAAGCCACGAAAUACUAA